UUCCAAAAGCCGCAGUCUAAAGCAAGGUUUGAUCCAUACAGGCCAAACUCUCUUGCAUCUUGUUUAUAAUAGAAUUUUCAGAAACGAAAACAAAGCAAAAAUAAAAAAAAAAAAAACGAGUGAAAAAUUAAGAUAAAAUGGCUUUGGCAAGCUUGGCCAGAAGAAAGGCAUACCUUUUGUCCCGGAACCUGUCGAAUUCACCCGCAGAUGCGUUGAAGUACUCGUUUUCGCUCAGCUAUUUCUCAAGGGGUUUCGCUUCAGGAUCUGAAGAGAACGAUGUCGUCAUCGUCGGCGGCGGACCCGGCGGUUACGUGGCCGCUAUCAAGGCCGCACAACUGGGUCUCAAGACAACCUGUAUCGAGAAGCGCGGGACCCUUGGUGGUACCUGCCUCAACGUUGGCUGCAUCCCUUCUAAGGCACUUCUUCAUUCCUCCCACAUGUACCAUGAAGCUAAGCAUUCAUUCCCUGGCCAUGGUGUGAAAUUUUCUUCUGUUGAGGUUGAUUUGCCCGCCAUGAUGGCCCAAAAGGACAAAGCUGUUUCUAAUCUGACCCGUGGUAUUGAAGGCUUAUUCAAGAAGAACAAGGUAAACUAUGUCAAAGGCUAUGGCAAGUUCAUUUCUCCCUCUGAAGUUUCUGUAGACACGAUUGAAGGUGGGAGCACUGUUGUAAAGGGCAAGAAUAUCAUAAUUGCCACUGGUUCUGAUGUCAAAUCUUUACCUGGUAUCACCAUUGAUGAAAAGAGAAUUGUGUCAUCAACUGGAGCUUUAGCGUUGUCAGAAGUCCCUAAGAAGCUCAUAGUUAUUGGGGCAGGCUACAUUGGGCUUGAGAUGGGUUCAGUGUGGGCCCGACUGGGCUCUGAGGUCACUGUGGUUGAGUUUGCUCCAGAUAUUGUUCCGACAAUGGAUGGAGAGGUCCGCAAGCAAUUCCAACGUGCACUUGAGAAGCAGAAGAUGAAAUUCAUGCUCAAAACUAAGGUGGUAGGAGUUGAUACUACUGGAAAUGGUGUGAAGUUGACAGUUGAACCAGCUGCUGGUGGAGAGCAAACCACACUUGAAGCUGAUGUUGUUCUUGUUUCUGCUGGUAGAACUCCAUUCACAGCUGGGCUUGGCUUGGACAAGAUAGGAGUGGAAACUGAUAAGAUAGGACGAAUUUUAGUCAAUGAUAGAUUUGCUACAAAUGUGCCAGGUGUUUAUGCCAUUGGAGAUGUAAUUCCAGGGCCAAUGUUAGCCCACAAAGCAGAAGAGGAUGGCGUUGCUUGUGUGGAGUUUAUAGCUGGUAAACAUGGGCAUGUUGAUUAUGAUAAGGUCCCUGGAGUUGUCUACACUCAUCCUGAGGUCGCAUCUGUUGGGAAGACUGAGGAGCAGGUUAAGGCACUUGGUAUUGAAUACCGUGUUGGGAAGUUCCCUUUCUUGGCAAAUAGCCGAGCCAAGGCUAUUGAUGAUGCUGAGGGAAUAGUCAAGAUACUGGCUGAUAAGGAGUCGGACAAAAUUCUGGGAGUUCAUAUCAUGGCACCCAAUGCUGGAGAGCUCAUCCAUGAAGCAGUCCUUGCCAUUAACUACGAUGCAUCAAGUGAGGACAUCGCACGUGUGUGCCAUGCACAUCCUACAAUGAGUGAGGCAUUGAAGGAAGCCGCAAUGGCCACCUAUGACAAGCCCAUUCACGUCUAGAAAUCUAGAUUUUAUGUCUUCUUGAUUUUUGUUUGAGAAUUUUCAACAUGACUCAGCACAAAAACUUCACUUUCUUGUUUGUCCUGGAAGCAGAUGGCAUGCUGGAAUAGAGAUUUUCUAUUCUUCUUUCCCUGUUUUCUGAAUGGUAUAAUAACUAAGCAUGUUCAGUCAUUUUGUGAUGUGCAAUUAAUAAACAACUUAAUACGCUGGAGCAGAUAUUCAUGCUUUGCUCAUUCCCUGUUA